AUGGCCACGACGAACUUAUCAUCCGCAAUGGACAUCGAUGAACAGGCCAUCGACGAGGGCCUGUACUCUCGGCAGCUCUAUGUCCUGGGCCAUGAAGCGAUGAAGCGCAUGGCCGCGUCCAACAUCCUCAUCGUCGGCGUGAAGGGUCUUGGUGUCGAAAUAGGCGCGUCGAACGCGAUCGCAUCGCCCAAGAAUGUCGUCCUUGCCGGUGUCAAGUCCGUCACGAUUUACGACCCCGAGCCUGUCGAAAUCCAGGAUCUCAGCAGUCAAUUCUUCCUCCGUGAAGAGGAUAUUGGGAAGCCUCGCGCAGACGCAGCUGUUGCUCGCCUAGCUGAGCUGAACGCUUAUGUCCCGGUGCGCAACCUUGGCGGCCAGCCUGGAAAGGAGAUCACGGUCGACAUGAUCAAGGGUUUCCAAGUUGUUGUGCUUUGUGGCGCCAGCCUGCAGAAGCAACUGGAGAUCAACGACUGGACUCACGAGAAUGGCGUCCACUUCAUCGCGGCCGAGACCCGUGGUCUCUUUGGCUCGGUGUUCAAUGAUUUCGGCCCCAAAUUCACUUGUGUCGACCCGACUGGCGAACAGCCAUUGACCGGUAUGAUUGUUUCCGUCGAACGGGACAAGGAAGGUCUUGUCACUUGCUUGGACGAAACGCGCCACGGCCUCGAAGAUGGCGACUUCGUGACUUUCGCCGAGGUUCAAGGUAUGGCUGAGUUGAACGGCUGUGAACCGCGCAAGGUCACUGUGAAGGGCCCUUAUACCUUCGCAAUCGGCGAUACAUCGAACCUCGGCGAGUACAAGACUGGCGGUAUCUUCACCCAGGUCAAGAUGCCCAAGAUCCUUGAAUUUAAAUCCCUGAGGGCCUCGCUGAAGGAGCCAGAAUUCUUCAUCACUGACUUCGCCAAGUUUGACCGUCCUGCAAGCCUGCACGCCGGUUUCCAGGCAUUGUCCGAGUUCAAGGCACAACAGCAACGACUUCCUCGACCCCGUAACGCAGAGGAUGCUGCGAAGGUCGUUGAGCUUGCGAAGAAGCUGGACGCUGAAAUCGACGAGAAGGUCGUCACCGAGCUUGCCUACCAGGCUACAGGUGAUGUCACGCCGCUUGCAGCAGUCAUCGGUGGUUUUGUUGCCCAGGAGGUCCUGAAAGCGUCUUCUGCCAAGUUCAUGCCCAUGGUCCAGCACCUGUACUUCGACUCGCUCGAGUCUCUGCCUAACACUCUGCCCACCGAGGCUGACUGCCAACCUAUCGGCUCUCGGUACGAUGGUCAGAUCGCUGUGUUCGGCAAGCAGUUCCAACAUAAGAUCGCGAACUUCCGUCAAUUCCUCGUGGGCUCUGGUGCCAUCGGCUGCGAGAUGCUGAAGAACUGGAGUAUGAUGGGUCUUGGAUCGGGCCCGCAGGGUAUCAUCCACGUCACGGACCUGGAUACCAUCGAAAAGAGCAACCUGAACAGGCAGUUCUUGUUCAGGUCGAAGGACUUGGGCAAGUUCAAGUCCGAGGUGGCUGCGGCCGCUGUCGCUGCCAUGAACCCCGACCUCAAGGGCAAGAUCAGCAGCAAGCAGGAGCCUGUCGGCCCUGACACUGAGAAUGUCUACGACACUGACUUCUUCGCGGGUAUUGACGGCGUCACGAAUGCGUUGGACAACGUGAAGGCUCGGCAAUACAUGGACCAGCGAUGCGUGUUCUUCCUCAAGCCUCUUCUUGAGUCCGGUACUCUCGGAACCAAGGGUAACACUCAGGUCAUCGUCCCCCACUUGACGGAGUCGUACUCGUCGUCUCAGGACCCGCCAGAGAAGGAGACGCCCUCGUGUACCGUCAAGAACUUCCCGAACGCCAUCCAGCACACAAUCGAGUGGGCCAGGACAGAGUUCGACAACCAAUUCGUCAAGCCCGCCCAGGCCGUCAACGCCUACCUCUCCGAACCGAACUACCUCGAGAACAACCUCAAAUAUUCUGGCCAGCAGAAGGAGCAGAUCGAGCAGAUCGUGUCGUACCUGGUCACCGACAAGCCCCUCACUUUCGAGGAGUGCAUUGUCUGGGCACGGCUGCAGUUCGAGGAGAAGUACAACAACGCCAUUAGGCAACUACUGUACAGCUUGCCGAAGGACGCUGUGACGAGCACAGGUCAGCCGUUCUGGAGCGGUCCCAAGCGUGCGCCCGACCCGCUGACGUUCGACCCGAACGAUCCCACUCACUUGCAAUUCAUCAUCGCCGCCGCGAACCUCCACGCAUAUAACUACGGUCUCCGGGGCGAGACUGACCCCACCCUCUUCAAGAAGGUCGCUGACUCAGUCCUGGUACCGGAGUUCCAGCCCAAGAGCGGUGUGAAGAUCCAGGUGAACGAGAAUGAGCCCGUGAACCAAGAAGGCAACACAGACUCAUCCGACUUGGGUGAGCUGAUGAAGAAGCUGCCACCGCCGUCUUCGCUCGUCGGCUACCGUAUGAACCCGGUUGAGUUCGAGAAGGACGAUGACACCAACUACCACAUCGACUUCAUCACUGCAGCUUCCAACCUGCGUGCGUCGAAUUACAGCAUCAAGCCCGCUGACCGCCACACGACCAAACAAAUCGCCGGCAAGAUCAUCCCUGCCAUUGCUACGACGACCUCCCUCGUCACCGGCUUGGUAUGCCUGGAGCUGUACAAGCUCAUCGACCACAAGACGAAGCCCGAGGACUACAAGAACGGCUUCGUCAACUUGGCCCUGCCCUUCUUCGGCUUCUCUGAGCCCAUUGCGCCAGCCAAGAACAAGUACGGCAACACUGAGUGGACCCUCUGGGACCGCUUCGCGUUCAACGGCGACCCGACGCUUAAGGACAUAGUUGACUGGUUCAGGAAGGAGCACAACCUUGAGAUCACGAUGGUCAGCCAGGGCGUCAGCAUGUUGUGGAGCUCGUUCAUUGGCAAGAAGAAGAGCGAGGAGCGGCUGCCCAUGAAGUUCAGCAAGCUCGUCGAGCAUGUCAGCAAGAAGCCGAUCCCACCGCAUACCAAGCACUUGAUCGUGGAGGUUAUGGUGUGCGAUGAGGAGGGUGAAGACGUAGAGGUGCCGUUCCUCGUCGUCAACCUGUAG